GCUCCAGCCCAGAUGUUGGCCCCGCCUAAGGAGUUGACUGAGACUUUGGUUCCAUUCCUGGACACGGAUUCCGUUGGAGAACUACCCCCAGGGCCAGAUGAGGAUCUGAAUGACCAGCUAACCCAGCAUCAAAGGCUCCCAGAGGUGGUUCCAAUGCCAGGUUGGGAUCAGAAUCAGACCAUAGCUCCGCCUCCUCAACUCAAAAGUAAGACUAAAACUGUAGGUUUAGAUCAGGCCGAAGAUCACCAAUCAUUUGAAAUACUUGUUCCAUUUCUGGAUAGUCAGAGUUCAAAGCCAACAAAGUUUAUUGUUUCACCCCUAAACCUGAAGAAAGAUCUAGCUCAGCAUCGAAGGCUUGCCAAAGUUGUUGGAACUCCAAACCAAUCUGCAAAUAAAGAGCACCUACAACAACAGCUGCAGGAUGAUUAUUUGGAUUCCAAUAUGGGUCUUCUAUAUCCUGAGGAGAACCUACCUAUGGGUUUCCCAGGGGGACCAGAUCAACUUCCAAACUUCUCUGAGGAGGCUGAAAUUCCUCCACCCUUGCAGAAGACCCCAAAUCAUCUAGAGUCCCCUGAGGAAGCUGAAUCUUUUUUGCCCCAAGGGGAGGCUCAAGCUCAGCAUGCAGAGCCCCCUCAAGAGACAGAAAUAUCUCUACUUGAGCAGGAGGCUCCAUCUCCGCGUCCAGAGUCCCUUAAGGAUGGAAAUUCAGCAAACCCACAAGAGGCCCCAGCUGAGCCUUCAAGUACCCCUGAAGAGGUCGAACCUUCUUCAGUCCAGCAGGAAGCCUCAGCUCAGCCUACAGAGGCCCCCGAGGAAGUGGAACCUUCUCCAACCCCCCAGGAGGCCCCUGCUCAGCCUCCAGAGCCAUCUAAGGACAUCAUAUCUCAACUCCUGCGGAGCACCCUGAGGAGGCUGGACCUACCCAGCCCAGUCCAGCAGGAGGCCCCUGCUCAGCCUGCAGAGCGCCUCGAGGAGGUUGAACCUACCCCAGUCCAGCAGGAGGCCCCAACUCUAGUUCCAGAGUUCCCUAUCGAGUCUUUAACUCAACUUGCAAUAAGUGAUGAGGAGGAGGUCUCAGCUCAGCUUGCAGAGCUCCUUAAUGAGGCAGAAUCUUCAACCCAGCAGGAGACUCCAGCUCAGUCUCCAGGGGAGAUAGAAUCUUCUGCAACCCUGCAAGAGCAACCAGCUCAGCCUCCAGAGCUGCCUUCCAGGGAGGUGGAACCUUCUCCAACCCAGCAGGAGCACCCAGCUCAACCUCCAUGGCAUCAUAAGAUGACAGUUUCACCUCCAGGUCACUACCGUGAUCAACAUUUAAACCUGCCCAAUGUCAGUUUGAAACCUCCAGAUGUGCAGCUUACCAUGACUGCAGAACCCACUACAGAGGUGGGACCUUCUCCAGUUCAGCACGAGACUAUAGCUCAGCCCUCGGUGCCUCUUAAUGUGGAACCUUUUGAAACCCAGCCUGAAGCCCCAACUCUGCCUCCACAGUCCCCUGAGGUUGAAUCUUUGCCAGUUCAACAGGAGAUUCCAACGCAAUCUCCAGAAUCUACCACACAGGAGAAACGUCCAACACAGCAGGAGACCCCAGUUCAGUAUCCAGAAUAUCCUGGAGAAGUUGAACCUUCUACAACCCAGCAGGAGGCCCUAGCUCAGCAAUCACAGGCCCCUGAGGAGGGUGAAUCAUCCUCAACCCAGGAGGAGGCCCCGACUCAGCUUCCAGAGGCCCAGGAAGAGGGUGAACCUUCCCCUCUCCAGGAGGAGGGCCAGGGUCAGCACCCACAGGCCUCCAAGGGGAGUGAACCACCUACAACCCAGGAGGAGUCCCCAGCUCAGCAUCCACAGACCCCUGAGGAGGUUGAACCUUCUUCAACCCAGCAGGAGGCUCCAGCUCAGUAUCCUCAGGCAUCAGAGGAGGGUGAGCCUUUUCCAACCCAACCAGAGACCCCAACUCAGUAUCCAGAGCCCCUUGAGGGGACUGAACCUUCUCCAGCCCAGUCAGAGGCCACAACUCAGCAUCCAAAUCCCCUUGGGGAAGUUAAACCUGCAACCUAUCAGGAGGCCCCAAGUCAGCAUCCACAGACCUCUGAGGAAAUUAACCCUUCUGCCACUCAACAGGAGCCUUCUGGUGAGGUUGAACCUUCUCCAACCCAACAGGAGGCCCCAGCUCACUCCCCAGAGCAUCAGGUGGUAACAGUUUUUCCUCAAGGUCAGAAUCAAGCUCAGCUCCUGCUGUUGCCUAAUGUCACUGUUAAACCUGUGGAUUCCUCAGUUACCAUGACCUCAGAAUCCACUAAUGAGGUUGAAGCUUCUCCACUCCGAGAAGAGGCCUCAGCUCCGUCUGGAGUGUCCCCUGAGCAGUUGGAGCCUUCUCCAACCCAGCAGGAGGUCCCACAUCAGCAUCCAGCGCCCCCUGAAAAUGUUGAAUCUUCUCCAGUCCAGCAUGAAGUCUCAACUCCACCCGAAGAUUUUCCUGAGGAAAUUGAACUUUCUCCAAGCCAGCAGGAGAGCUCAGCUCUGCCUCAAGUGCCUGUUGCAAGUAGAGAACCUUCUCCAAUCCAGCAAGAGGUCCCAGCUCAGCAACCAAAGCCCAAUGACGGGGUCGAGUCUUUUCCGGUUCAGUAUGAGCAUCCAGCUCAGCCUCCAGGGUCCUCUACAGAUGUUGUAGCUCAGUCUCCAGUACAGCAUGAGGUGACAUUCUCACCUCCAGGUCCAGGUGAAGCUCAGCAUCCAGUGUCGCCUAAUAUCACAGUUAAACCUGUGGAUCUGAGGGUUUUCAUAAGUCCCCAGGCAACUAAGGAGGUUAAACCUCUUCCAGUGCAGCAGGAUGUCCCUGCUCAAUCUCCCCCUGAGCAAGUUGAAUUUUCUCCAGCUCAGUCCAAGCGUCUUUCCCAGUCUCCAGAGUCCCCUGAAGAGGAGUCUUCUCCAGGCCACCAAGAGGUCCUAGCUCAGCCUUCAGAGCCUCCUGAGAAGGUGGCACCAUCUCCAGUCCAGCAGGAAACCCUAUCUCUACCUCUCGAGCCACUUAAGGAGAUAGAACCUUCUCUAACACAACAGGAGGUACAAGCUCAGCCUUCAGAGGCCCCUGAGAAGGUAGAACCAUCUCCAAUUCUGCAGCAGGCUCCAACUCAACCUCCAGAGCCCUCUAAGGAGGCAGAAACUCCUCCAGCCCAGCAGGAGGCCCCAGUUCAGCCUCCAGAGCCACCCGAGGAGGUUGUAGCACAACCUCCAGUCCAUAAUGAGGUGACAGUUCCACCUCUAGGACAAGAGCAAGCUCAGCAUCCAAACUUGCCCAAUGUUACUGUUCAGCCUGCU